CAGUCACCCCCGUUAUGACCCUAAUUUCUCUCCGGAGGCCAGUCGCCCCCCUUAUGACCCUAAUUUCUCUCCGGAUAAAACCACAGACCCAAAAACAAGUCUCUCUCCCUUUUUGCUCCCGCUUUGCGCUAUGUAAAAAAACCAGAACCCAAUUUCUUUGUUUCUAGUGCCAGGUGCGUGGCCAUGUCUUUGCGAGCCCUGGUCAAGAGAGGCUCCAUGUCCAGGAAAGGCUUGAGCUUGAGGCUCUCUGCAAUUUCUUUUGCGGAGCAAAAGACGAGAGUAGAAGUAGAGAGAGAAGAAGAGGAUGAUGAAGAAAAUGGGGAAAAUGGAGGGGAAGAGAGUGGGUGGUCAAGCAUGUUUCCCGAGAUUUUGGUUGAUAUUAUACAGAGGGUGGAGUCGAGCUAUGGAGCUUGGCCUCCGCGUAAGAAUGUAGUGGCCUGUGCGUCUGUCUGCCAGAGAUGGAGGGAAAUCACGAGGGGAUUAGUCAAAUCGCCAUUGCAAGGCGGACAGAUCACCUUCCCUUUCUCUCUAAAGCAGCCAGGGCCUCGAGACCAUCCUCUGCAGUGUUUGAUUAAGAGGGACAAGCAGACCUCCACAUUUUACUUGUACCUGGGGCCAACCCAAUGUAAGCCAAUGCUACUACCUACAACAUUUGUGGAUAAAGGGAAGUUCCUCUUGGCAGCUCGUAGAUUUAGGCAUCGUGCUCAUACUGAAUACAUCAUUUCUCUUACGACAGAUGACUUCUCCCAAGGGAGCAGUGCAUACAUGGGAAAACUAAGCUCUGAUUUCCUCGGCACUAAGUUCACCAUCUUCGACAGUCAGCCCCCCUAUAAUGGGGCCCACCCCACUAACAGCCGGUCCAGCCGCUGCUUUGCAUCGAAGCAGAUCUGCCCUCGUUUUCCGGCCAUUGGAAACUACGAGAUUGGUCAGGUCUCCUACAAAUUCAAUCUUCUCCGAUCAAAGGGUCCAAGAAGAAUGCUGUGCGACCUCCACUGCUCCGUUUCAACAGACGCCACGACAAACUCAAGUAAAUUUACUACAGGUUCUGAUAUAGGAGAACCCAAUUCCUGUGCAACCACAAGUCUAAGGAAUAAGGCACCAAAAUGGCACCAACAAUUACAAUGCUGGUGCUUGAAUUUUCAUGGAAGGGUGACUGUGGCUUCAGUGAAGAAUUUCCAGCUUGUUGCUUCUGUGGACCCCUCCCAACCUGGGGCUCGAGGAGAUGAUGAGCUUGUGCUCCUUCAAUUUGGCAAGGUUGGAGAUGAUUUGUUUACAAUGGAUUAUAGGCAGCCCCUCUCGGCCUUUCAGGCUUUUGCAAUAUGCCUCACCAGCUUUGGUACCAAGCUCGCCUGUGAAUGAAACACUUCUGAUAAUACUUCUUUUGCGUGUCUUGGAAGGAUCUGUUGUAUUUACGUGUAAUACUUCUUUUGCGUACCUUGGAGGGAUCUGUUGACUUCACCUGUUUCAUGUUGAAAUAGUUUCUAUUUCCAUGUUUAAAGCAUGGAAAAUCACCAAUUCCAUCUUUUGUUAUCUGAAAUAUGUAUAAUGUUCUAAGACAGAUGGAAAUCCACUUGAAUUAUUGUAAAAUUCUUGAAGUCUGCAAAUCUUGUCAGGGCCAAAGGCCAAUACUUGCAUCCA